UUAUUUCUGCAGGGAAACGGGAAAAGACCAAUCAAAAAUAAGGAUACUAGCAUGUGAGGCGGCUACCUAGAAGAGCCUAGUUGCUACAGCAUCGUCCUUAGUGUCUUACCAGGCAAGAAAGAUGGAGGAAAUAGACGAAUCUCCUCCUGUUUCUGAAGACCUGCUUCCCUGCAAAAUAUGUGGAAGAAGUUUUUUUUCAAAGGUUCUUAAAAAACAUGUGCUGAUCUGCCAGAAGUCAGCUGCAAAGAAAAGAAAGGUGUUUGACUCCAGCAGGCAAAGGGCAGAGGGGACUGAUAUUCCUACAGUCAAACCCAUAAAACCAAAGUUACAAAGUUCUUCCAGCAGCUCUAAGUCUGAUAAACCUGAACCACCGAAGAAACAGUCCAAUUGGCGCCGAAAGCAUGAAGAAUUCAUUGCCACCAUUCGUGCUGCCAAAGGAUUAGAUCAAGUCAUGAAAGAUGGCGGACCCCUUCCUCCACCGCCUCCUCCAUCCUAUGAUCCAGAUUAUAUCCAGUGUCCCUAUUGCCAGCGACGCUUCGGUGAGAAUGCAGCAGAUCGCCACAUCAAGUUCUGUAAAGAGCAAUCGUCCAGAAUUUCCAACAAAAGCAAGUUUCCUGGGAGUGAAAAAGCCAAACCCCCAGCCAAGACUCAGUACAAACCUUCUCUACCAAAGAAGGCAAACUCUCCUGCUGUAUCCACGGUGUCCACCGUGUCCACCGUGUCUUCUCGUCUACCUCAGCGCUCAGCCUAUGGGCAGGGUGCUGGCACAGGUAUUCCUAGCUGCAAAACCUCAUCCACUGGCUCAGUGAGGAGUGUAUCAUCAGGAUACUCUCCAUUACGGAACACCUCCUCUGGCUUGACCAGCCCUCCCUCUGAAGGGAACAUGAAACCCAAGGGCAUGGUUUCACAAAGCUCACUGAGAAAUCCACCUUCUGGUAUAGGGAUGAACAAGAAAAAGGUCCAGAAUGCAGACAACUGUAUUCCAAGGAAUGAUGUGAAAAACGAAAAUGAAAUCUCUUUUUCCACAAUGGGCACCAAAUUUUGUCAUGAGUGUGGGACCAAGUACCCUGUGGACUGGGCCAAGUUUUGCUGCGAGUGCGGAGUGAAACGAAUGAACAUUUAAUAAUUACAUAUAAAAGUAAGACUGACUCACUGUAGCCGCAAAUAUAUUAUUGGCAAAUCCUUGUGGUGUAGAAAUUUUUCACUUGUAAUCUGCUUCUGUUUCUAUAGAAAGAAUCCCAUCCCAGCCUUCUGCUCAGUUUUUUUUUUUUUUUUUUUUGGGGGGGAUAUGAAAGUGCAAUAUGAUUGGUUACUGCUACAAAGGGAGUAGUGUUAUCUCAAUUAUAGUUAUGAUUAAAAUAUACAGUAGAUAUGUUAAAUUGACUUAAAUUGAUCUAGGCCUUAAAAUGGGACCAUAUCACUCAUAAAAUGCAACUAUUCUAAUGUUAAUCUUAUUGUAGUGUGUCAUUUUGAGGGAAUUUAAAUGCUUUCAUUUUUAUUUAAAAUAUUAUUUUUUUUAAGUUAAAAAGUUUCCUGUUAAAUGCAUUGACAACAGUUGUUUUCGCUGAGCAAUCCACUUUCGUAUUUCACUUUGUUUUUAUACGUUCUUGAUUGUUUUGUGUGUUUUUAACAGUAUUGAACAAGAAAAUGACUUGUAGAAAUCGUCGUCGUAUAUUUAUUAGACAUUCAAUCCAUUACAUCUGUUCAACCUUGGUUGAUCUAGUCUGUCCAACAUAUUUACACAUCAACACAACAUACAAAACUUAAAGGCGACUGCAAUAUCAUGUCACAUUCUUCAAGAGCGUCAACCAUAUUACAACCUUACUAAAAAGUAGCUUUACAAUGGUAUUUUAUUGCUUCCGAGCCUUUAAGCUUUAUCACUGCUGGUCCAGGAUGACAGAGGUCGAGGAGUUGAUGGCUGUUUGCCGAUCUCAAGCUCAUAUGCAUUUCAAGCAACACUCUUCACCUUGUUAUGCUUGUGUUACUGCUUCUCUGGCAGUAAAUAUAGCUUAUGAAUACCUGCUUUUUGGAUUAUGACAAUUUUUGCCGUUAAAGGAUAAAAUGGUUAAAAUGGAUUGACUUAUCCUACAUAAAUAAAGUGGAAAACAUAAAUCA